AUGGGCCUUGUGGUGACCAGUCUAUCAAGUGUCACAAUUAGCUCCGAGAAGAAUGAAGCCUACCAGGAUCUCCGUUGUGUUUUCCGACAUACUGGUCGUUGGUGCGACCUGGUACUACUUGCUGAUACAUCGCCCAGCAGCCUUGGCUCACACACAACUGUUCUCCAUGGUUCUGGUUUCAAAGCCUCACUUGCCGACAUUGGUGCUUCGCGAUGGUUAUCAUCCAUACUCGCUGGACGGUUCCUCCUCCACAUCCGUUCAGCCGCCAGUCGGCGCAAUGCAUCCAGCGGCAGCCAGUAUAGUGAUAGUCAGUCAGCUGCCGACACCGCCAGUCUAGAGACACGCUCCUGGAUCUCCAGUGUGGAAUUCAUUGUGGACAUUGGAGACGACAACGACCAAACAUGCAACGCUGACCUUUUUUCUGAUGACGAAGAUGCCAAUGUGCAGGAGCAAGACGAGGAGCCUGUUGCCAUGUCGGUAACGCAAUGCUAA